AUGCAAGAACAAGAGCGUCCAGUUCUUCCUAUCUUCAUCGUUUUCGUUGCCCUGUAUCUGGUGUCACAGUGGCUCCGCGCGGAAACCCACAAGAAAAUGACGGAUACAAUCAGCAUAGCAUAUUUAAAGUGUCUACAAUGGCGCGGUGGUUGGUGGUGGUCAGCGGUCCCAAAAUGGUCGACGAAAUCAAGAAGGCGGCUCCAAAUCAGCUCAGUUUUAGAGGCCGUAGCUGAGCUGGUCCAGCUUGACUACAUGAUCGGGCGACCAAUUCGUAUCGACCCCUACCAUGUAGCAGUCGUCAGAACUACACUCACCAGAAAUAUUGGGAUCCGGUUCUCAGAUAUCCUCGACGAGAUAAGUACAGCCUUUUCGGAGGUUAUCCCCGCGGGAGAAGGAGAGUGGACAAGCGUACCUGUUAUCGAGGCCGCCGUGAAAAUCAUCUGUAGCAGCAGUAAUCGGCUAUUCGUUGGCCUUCCCCUGUGCAGAGAUCCUGAUUACAGGCGGCUGACUGAAGAAUACGCGAGUCAUGUCUUCGAGGGCGCCCACAUUAUCAAUGUGUUCCCUCCUUUACUUCGGCCACUUGUUGGACGAUAUUUAACGAAAGUUCCAUUAACUCUAAAACAUAUCAAGCUGCAUAUUGGCCCUAUUAUACAGGAACGGUUAGCUAUGGAUGAACGGUAUGGAGCAGACUGGCCCGACAAACCUAAUGACUACCUUUCUUGGUUACUCGACGAGGCCCAAGGACAUCAGCGCACCGUCCACGACCUCGCUACUCGCUUGCUCGCUGCAAAUUUUGCUUCUAUACACACUACAGCCAAUGCAUUUACACAGGCACUGUAUGAUUUGGCUUGCCACCCCGAAUACGUUGAACCCUUGAGGGAAGAAGUCGAAUCCAUAGUAGGGUCCAAAGGUUGGAGCAAAGAAUCGGUAGCGAAUAUGCGUAUGGUCGACAGUUUUAUCAAGGAGUCUCAGCGGAUGGCCGCAUCAGCAGUGCUAAUGAACCGCAAGGUUCUCCGAGACUUCACAUUCUCAAACGGUGUUGUUGUACCUGCUGGGACGCACUUGGCUGUUGCAGUCCGCUCUAUGCACUUCGAUGAAGCACUCUAUGAAAACCCCGAUACGUUCGACGGCUUCAGGUUCAUGAGUAUGGGACAAGAGGGUGGAGACACCUCCAAGCAUUCAAUCGCAGCUCUUGGCCUAGACUACGUGGUCUUUGGAAAUGGGCGUCAUGCUUGCCCUGGUCGCUUCUUUGCUGUCAGUGAAAUCAAAGUCAUGCUCGCGUAUGUAUUAAUAUCGUACGACGUCAAAUUCCCCGACCAAAGACUUCGUCCUGAAAACAUAUGGUUCCAUGGAAUAUGUUCUCCUGAUAGAAUGGCAGAAGUAAUGUUCAGGAAGCGAGCGACAUGA